UUUCCGGCCCGCGCCGCCGCGAGCGCGCCCCGCUGCCGCCUCCCCCUGCCUGUCGUCCCUGCGCCCUUCCCGCUCCUCCUUCUUCCCUCUUGCUAGGUGGCCGGGAAGGAAGAAGCAAUUCAGUCAGGAUGGCUAAAGGUGAUCCCAAGAAACCAAAGGGCAAGAUGUCUGCUUAUGCCUUCUUCGUGCAGACAUGCAGAGAGGAACACAAGAAGAAAAACCCAGAAGUCCCUGUCAAUUUUGCAGAAUUUUCUAAGAAGUGCUCUGAGAGGUGGAAGACUAUGUCUGGGAAGGAGAAAUCUAAAUUCGAUGAAAUGGCAAAGGCAGACAAAGUGCGUUAUGACCGGGAAAUGAAGGAUUAUGGACCAGCUAAGGGAGGCAAGAAGAAGAAGGACCCUAAUGCCCCCAAAAGGCCACCGUCUGGAUUCUUCCUGUUCUGUUCAGAAUUCCGCCCCAAGAUCAAAUCUACAAACCCUGGUAUCUCCAUCGGAGAUGUGGCAAAGAAGCUGGGUGAGAUGUGGAAUAACUUAAGUGAUGGUGAGAAGCAACCUUACAACAAUAAGGCAGCGAAGCUGAAGGAGAAGUACGAGAAGGAUGUCGCCGACUAUAAGUCUAAAGGAAAGUUUGAUGGCGCGAAGGGUCCCGCCAAAGUUGCCCGGAAAAAGGUGGAAGAAGAUGAUGAAGACGACGAGGAGGAGGAAGAGGAGGAGGAGGAGGAGGAGGAGGAUGAAUAAAAGAAACUGUUGAUCUGUCUCCUUGUGAAUACCUUAGAGUAGGGAGCGCCGUCAUUGACAUUGACACCCCUCUUAUUGGAGGCGUGUCUGUUGCCCUCGUUAGGUUUAAUCACACAAUUGGGUCAUGGUCAUAUUGUAGUUUCUCAAAGUGCUCUAGAAAUUGUCAGUGGUUUACAUGAAGUGGCCAUGGGUGUCCAGAGCACCCUGAAACUGUAUCAAAGUUGUACAUAUUUCCAAACAUUUUUAAAAUGAAAAGGCUCUCGUGUUCUCCUCACUCUGUGCACUUUGCUGUUGGUGUGACAAGGCAUUUAAAGAUGUUCCUGGCAUUUUCUUUUUUUGAUUUGUAAGGUGGUGUUAACUAUAUGGUUAUUGGCUAGAAAUCCUGAGUUAUCAACUGUACAUAUCUAUAGUUUGUAAAAAAGAACAAAACAACCGAGACAAACUCUUGAUGCUCCUUGCUUGGCGUUGAGGCUGUGGGGAAGAUGCCUUUUGGAGGGGCUGUAGCUCAGGGCGUGCACUGUGAGGCUGGACCUGUGGACACUGCAGUGGGCAUCCAUUUAGCUUCAGGUUGUCUUGUUUCUGUAUAUAGUGACCUAGCAUUCUGCUGCCAUUCGUAGCUGUGGAGAAGGGGGGGGUCAGCUGGCAUGAGAAGUGUUUGGAUCCUUUUUAGUUAAGUGCGGUAGUUUUAAACUGUUUGUUUUGAAACAAACUGUGGAACUCUUCAUUGUCAGCAAAGCGAAAGAGCCACUGCAUCAAUGAAAGUUCAAGAACCUUCUGUACUAAACACGAUUUGCAACGUUCUGUUAUUUUUUUUGUAUGUUUAGAAUGCUGAAAUGUUUUUGAAGUUAAAUAAACAGUAUUACAUUUUUAAAA